GGACGCUGGGGGUCCCGCGGCCCCCCGGGGACUCCGGCUGGGCCCAGCGGCGCCGCCGCGUGGAGCGGGUGAACGGGGCGCCCCCCGCGGUGCGGAGCCUGCGCUGCCCUUCGCUGGAGCAUUUCCGAGACAACUACCUGAUCCCGCAGAAGCCGGUUGUCCUGGAGGGGGUCAUUGACCACUGGCCGUGCAUGACCAAGUGGAGUCUCUAUUUCAGCGUGGACUAUCUUGCUCAAGUUGCGGGGUGCCGCACGGUUCCAGUGGAAUUGGGCUCUCGAUAUACGGAUGAGGAAUGGUCUCAGAAGCUCAUGACCGUCGAUGACUUCAUCAACCAGUAUAUAAUGAACAAGAACAGCGUAGGAUACCUUGCCCAGCACCAGCUUUUUGAUCAGAUACCAGAACUGAAGGAGGAUAUCAGCAUCCCUGAUUACUGCUGCCUGGGGGAAGGGGAAGAGGACAACAUCACCAUUAACGCUUGGUUUGGCCCUGAAGGCACCAUCUCACCACUUCAUCAGGAUCCCCAGCAAAAUUUCUUAGCCCAGGUAUUUGGAAGAAAAUAUAUCCGUCUAUAUUCACCACAAGAUUCUGAGAACCUAUAUCCACACGAAAGCCAACUUCUUCACAACACUAGUCAGGUUGAUGUGGAGAAUCCUGACUUAAUUAAGUUUCCCAAUUUUAGAAAUGCUUCAUCUCAAUCUUGUAUUCUGAUGCCUGGACAGGUUUUGUUUAUUCCAGUUAAAUAUUGGCACUAUGUACGAUCUCUUGAUAUCAGCUUCUCUGUAAGUUUCUGGUGGUCAUAACUCAGAAGCAUGCAUAAAGCUUGUUGGAAUUUUAAUAGCAAU